GAGGUAGCAGCAGCAGCAACAGCAGCAGCAACCACAUUUGAGCCAAACAAGCGACGCGCUGGUUGUUUCGCUUUUUACUUUUCUUUUGUGUUUUCAUUUUCCCUUCAUCCACAAAACUCGCAUAAUAACCAACUCCCCCCUCCUUCGACUCCUUCAUCAGCCAUAAAAACAAGCAAGAUCGGUCCAACCAGCACAGCAGCAAUAGCCUUCCCCCCCCUCCCAAGCAGCAGUCACACACAAAAAUGGUCGACACGGACAAGCCCGAGGACGCCGUCUUUGACGACAUGGUUGAGAUUGGCGACCUGCACGAGCUUUCCAUCCUCGCUAACCUCCAGCGGCGGUUUGAGCGCGACAUUAUCUACACGUACAUUGGCAAAAUCGUACUCGUCGCAGUCAACCCGUACAAGCAGCUGUCGGUCGCGCCACCACAAAACUCGAUCAACCCGUUCGCCAAGCUCUCGCUGCAUGGCGCCGAGUUGGCCAACACGUACCGCAUGAAGCGCGCCGGCGAGCUUCCGCCGCACAUUUUUGCUACUGCCCAGGAGGCGUACCACCACAUGAUGCGCGAUCGCAAGAGCCAGUGCGUUGUUGUGAGCGGCGAGAGCGGCGCAGGCAAGACCUUUUCGACGCAGCUCAUUCUCAACUACCUCGCGAACGCUUCGGCUGCGGCGGCAGACAAGUUUGGCAGCGUCCCUGGCCUUCCCACCAGCACCAGCACCAGCACUAGCACCAGCACCAGCACGACGACAGCUGCUGCAUCUGUGCAGACUGCCGGGGCCCUCACCAUGAAGGACUCGAUCGGCAAGCGCUUGCUCGCUGCUGGGCCCGUGCUGCAGGCGUUUGGCAACGCCACCACCGUGUACAACCCCAAUUCCAGUCGCUUUGGCAACUACAUUCAGAUUGUGUUUGACAGCAACGGCCGAAUUCAAGGCGCCAACAUUCAGCAGUACCUCUUGGAAAAGUCGCGCAUCAUCCAGCAAGCAGAUCGCGAGCGAAACUACCACGUCUUUUACAACUUGUUGACCUUUGAGGACCUUGUCGCCGAGCUCCAGAUGGGGCCGCCGUCCAACUAUGCCUAUUUGAUUCCGCACAUUCCUGCGGCGCCCAACGCAGCAGGAGCAGCGCCCCACCUGUCUGCCAUGCCUAAGAGCUCGAGCCAGAGCAACUUUUUGAACGUGAACAGCGGACAGCCAGCCCCAAACCGCAGGAGCAGCAUGCGUCGCACGUCCGACGCAGGUCCGUUGAUUGACGAUGUCGGCGACGGCAUCAAGCUGCGCGCCUCGCUCAAAACACUCGAGUUCACCAACGAGGAGGUCAGCGACCUCUUCCGAGUGGUCUUUGGCGUGCUUCUGAUUGGCAAUGUGAAUCUGGUUGCGGGCGAGUCCUCCAACAUGGAGAGCACGGCCAUUCGCAACCCCGUCCUGCUGGACAUGAUCUCGAAGGUUCUCGGUCUCAGCCAGGCGCAUCUCAAGGCGCUCAUGACAGAGCAGGUCUCGCGGUUUUCCACUGGCGAAGUCGUGACGCGCACCAUGUCUGUGCAGCAGGCGCUGACGACCCGCGACAGUAUCGCUAAAGCCCUGUACGCAUGCAUCUUCCACUGGGUUGCCAACCGCAUCAACCGCGUGAUCAAAGGCGCACUGGGCACCGACCGUCCCGGCGGCAACAGCAGCAGCAGCACCAGCGCUGCAGAGUUGGAUGUGAAUGCGCUCCCCGCUGGCUGCACUGCCAUCAACGUGCUGGACAUUUUCGGCUUUGAGAAUUUCGCCCACAACUCGUUCGAGCAGCUCUGCAUCAACUUUGCCAAUGAGCAACUGCACCAAUUCUUCUCGACCUACAUGUUCAAGGUCGAACAGGCCGUCUAUGUCGAGGAGCAGAUCAACUGGGAGCAAAUGUCCUUCCCAGACAACCAGCCGUGCUUGGACCUCAUUGGGCAUGCCAAGCUCUCCAUCUUGUCGCUGGCCGACGAGGAGUGCAUCAUGCCCAAGGCCACAGACCUGACGCUCAUGGAGAAGAUUACCAAACACAACUCGACCCAUCCCUUCUUCAAGGCCAAGGCCAACAAGCUGUUUGGAGUACGGCACUAUGCCGGCCUUGUGUUUUACGAUCCGCAGGGCAUCCUCGUCAAGAAUAACGACUCGCUUGGCGAAGAGGCCCUCAACUUGUUGCGCCAAAGCAAAAAGCCGCUCAUUGGCGACAUGAUCAACCUGUACUACGGGCCCGGCAAGUCGUCGACGGCUGGCAAGCGCAAGACCAUCGGCACGCAGUUCCGCGACUCGCUCAAGCAGCUCAUGACGAGCUUGUCGGCCUGCAACCCGUUCUUUGUGCGAUGCAUCAAGCCCAACAUUUCCAUCACACCGGGCUUGUUUGAGGAGGCGAUUGUGCUCGAGCAACUCAAGUAUCUCGGCCUGCUGGAGACGGUCAAGAUUCGCAAGCACGGCUUCCCCUUCCGCUACAAGUUUGACGAGUUUGUCGCCCGCUACAGGAUUCUGCUUCCGCGGCCUCCCAAGCCUGCGACGUCGGCCACGUACGGGCUUGGCCGCACCGCAACCAAAGCUCCGUCCACGCCGGCUCCAAAGCCACUGGACAGCCGCACUCUCACCCAGCAGCUGCUCGAUUCGCUCGGCAAGACUGUGCCCAGCAAGUCCAAAGGAGGCGCCGCGGCGGCGCCCCAGUCGCUCUACAAGAUGGGCAAGACUCGCGUGUUUUUGCCCCUCGAGUACGAAAUGAACUUGGAGCAGCUGCUGGAACUGGCCAAGGUGACGUGCGCGCGACGCAUCCAACGCACCUUCCGCAAGUGGUUCCACACCCGCAAGCUCAACGUCAAGGCGCGUGCCAUCCAGCGCUUCUACCGCACCUAUCGCGCCCGCAGGUACUUCCUCAAGGCGCGCGCCAUCGCCAAAGCUCUCCAGCCGGUCGCGCGCGGCUACAUUGCACGCGUUGAUGCAAACAAGCUUCGAACGGCCAAGCGCAUCGAGCGUGAGGAACGUCUGCGCCGCGAGCGCGAGGAGGAGGAACGUCGAAAGGCUGAGCUUGCCGCUCUCGAGCGCGAGACCAAGGAGCGCCAGGAAGCCGAGCGUCGCCGCAUUGCCGAGGAAGAAGCCGAGCGCCAACGAGUCGAGGCCGAGCGUCUGGCUGAAGAGCGCCGCCUGCGCGAGCAGGAGGAAGAAAAGGAGCGCCUGGAGCGAAUGCGCAUUGCCGUGGAGCAAGCCGAGCGCGAGCGCAUUGAGCGCGAAAAGAUUGACAUGCUUGCGGCCAAGGAGCGACACCAGCAGUCCAACGCGACGGCGUCCAUGGCGGCCCGCUCGUUCCAAGACUUGUCCAAGGAGGUCGACAACGACGCUCGCGCCAAUCCGAACGACGAGGAGGCCCCAUUGACCAGCGGCAACGACGGUGCAUCGAGUGGCGACCUUCUGUCCCCGUCAUCGUUGGCUGCGGCCGCUGCUGCUGCCGCGACCUCUCGCAUGCUCGCCUCGCCCGUGCACGCCCUGCCGCCCGUGCUGGAGUCCUGCGCUGGGUACCAGAUCGAAGGACCGUCCUUGGUUCGUGCGCGUCGUGGGGCUGCUUUCAUCGAGGUCACCCGUGACAACCGCUGGUGGAAGCACUUUUUCUACCAAAAGGAGCACAUUACGGUGGCUGCCAAACACGAGUCCCUGGGCACCGUGCUGGUGUCGAUCGUCGCGCGCUCUGCAGAAGACAUUGUCUCGACUGCCGCGACCGAUCCCGCCACGUACCGCGCGAUUGUCUGGACCAAGCUCGGCUUUGGUCUUGCCAGCUUCUCUCCUCCCGACCAAGACUACUCUGAGGCCGCCGGAGAAAUCGUCAAGGGCAAGAAGAAGCAGUACCGCGCUCACGAGCUGAUGGACAUGGCUGUGGAUCGCUUUGGCCACACGCUGGGCGACAAGUGGAAGCUCCGCGAGAACUGCUUCCAGGUGCGCAACUCGGACUGCGACGACAAGCUCUUGCGUCUGGAAGAGGACAACCACAAGUUCUACUACCCCCAGCACUACAAGUUUGGCGUGCUGCUGAUGCGCGAAGGCCAGACGGACGAAACGCUCUUGUUCUCCAACUGCAACGAUGGGCGUGCGGGCGAGCCUCCACGCUGCCCUUCGUUCGACGCCUUCCUUGAUCUGAUUGGCACCAAGGUCCGCCUACAAGGCUUUGACAAGUUCCGCGGCGGUUUGGAUGUCAAGACCGACCUCACCGGCACGCACUCGUACGCUGCCACGCGUGAUGCUGGGCCAUCGACGGAUGAAAUCAUGUUCCACGUCUCCUCCAUGCUUCCGUUUGCCCGCGACCAGCCCCAGCAGCCCGAGCGCAAGCGACACAUUGGCAACGACGUCUGUCUUGUCGUGUUCAACGACGGCACCACGCCAUACGCGCCCCAGACCGUCAAGUCGCACUUUAUCCACGUGCUGAUUGUCGUGCACUUGGUUUCUGCAGCCUCCGAGGACGGCAGCGUGCCUGCACAGUACCGCGUCGGCGUCGCGUACAAGGACACGGUGAGCGAGUUUUCGCCUCCCAUCACGCACGAGCUCUGGGCGCACGGACCUGAGCUGCGCGAGUUUUUGAUCAACAAGCUGAUCAACGGCCAGCGCGCCGCGCUCAAGUGCGAGUCCUUCCAAGAGCCCUUCCGCAAGUACCGCUCGUCCGUACUGGACCAGCUGUACCAUGUUGCCGCCGAGCAGCGCGGCGAGAAGGCCUGGCGAUCGCGCGCGAGCAAGCAGACGGUCAAGACGCAUCUCGGUUCGAUUCGCAAGUUCAACUCGAUGGACAGCGACGACCUCCACGCACUCCGCCUCUUGCGCUACGAGCAGGACGAGCGCAAGGCUGCGGAGAAGGAUUUCGCCGAGGCUGCCAAGAAAGCCAAGGGCGGCAGUCUGUUCCUGAGUGGCAAGCGGUCCAGCUCGGCGACCAAACUCCAACUCGAAAACCGCUUUUCGUCCGUCACGGAGGCCACCACCAGCAGUGCUCCCUCGUCUCCCGUCGCCGUGCCGCGUCGUGGCCGCGCGACCACCAUGGUGGGCGCUCCUUCGCCGCUCGCGCUCGAGGGAGGCCCGAUCAGCCCGACCAGCCCGACUUCUCCCCAGAGCGAGAAGAAGCGGUGGCGCUUGCUGACAUCGUUGCGCGGCACUCCCAAGAGUCCCGACGGCUCGUCUCCCGUUGAGCCCCUGUCUCCUGUCGACACCAACUUUCCCGAUGCCAACACGACCCUGUCUUCUUCCCCGCCCAUCGUGAACAAGCAAGUUGCGCAGCUUCGGCAGCAGGAGGACAUGUGAUGAGCGAGGGGUUUGAGUGUCACUUGCUCCUCCUCCAGACAACGGAUUGUUUUUGCUGCUCGAUGCAGCCGUUCGUGUUUGGGGGGGGGUGUGUGUUUUGUUUCUUCCCACUUUUUGUGUCUGUGUGUUUGUCUGUGUGUGUUUUUGUGUGAAUUUGUGUUUUUUUCGUCUGGCUGUACAAAUUUGAACAAAAUUUCCCCAAA